ACUCAUUUGACUAGCGCGUGUGUGCACUAAUACACCAAAACCUCAACGCACCUAGACUUGUGUUGUACCUACGUGUGUGUGCGUGCGUGUGUCUAUGUGCGCGCCGGUGGUAGUGGGUGUACGCGGCUGCUCUGCCCGGUCCGAAGGUGUUUGGCGACCAGAGUACCUUUGUGGUGGUGGUUGUCUGUGACCCUCUGCUGGUGGUGCCUCGUGUGGUGGUGGUCGUGGCGCCGAUGCCUCAGGUCGUGAUCUGCAUCUCCAGGAGGAAGAUGGAGUUAAGGGUUGGCAACAAGUAUCGUCUAGGACGGAAGAUAGGAAGUGGAUCCUUCGGUGACAUCUAUUUGGGAACAAACAUCUCAACUGGAGAGGAGGUGGCCAUCAAGCUAGAAUGCAUCAAAACAAAGCACCCACAGCUACACAUAGAGUCCAAGUUUUAUAAGAUGAUGGCUGGUGGUGUAGGCAUCCCUGGGAUCAAGUGGUGUGGUUCAGAAGGAGACUACAAUGUAAUGGUAAUGGAGUUGCUGGGACCAUCCUUGGAAGACCUCUUCAACUUCUGCUCUAGAAAGUUUUCUCUCAAGACAGUCCUUCUCCUGGCAGACCAACUUAUCACCAGAAUAGAAUACAUUCACAGCAAGAACUUCAUCCAUCGAGACAUAAAGCCAGAUAACUUCCUCAUGGGCUUAGGAAAGAAGGGGAAUCUUGUGUAUAUCAUAGAUUUUGGCCUCGCGAAAAAGUACAGAGAUUCCCGCACACACCAACACAUACCAUACAGGGAAAACAAAAACCUGACAGGCACGGCCCGGUAUGCCUCAGUCAACACUCACUUGGGAAUAGAACAAAGUAGAAGAGAUGACUUAGAGAGUCUAGGGUAUGUGUUGAUGUACUUCAACAGAGGAUCUUUACCUUGGCAAGGCCUCAAAGCUGCCACGAAAAGACAAAAAUAUGAAAGAAUCAGUGAAAAGAAGAUGCAGACACCCAUUGAGGAGCUUUGCAAGGGAUUUCCAAAUGAGUUUGCCACGUACCUGAAUUUCUGCCGGUCACUGCGGUUUGAGGAGAAACCGGAUUACAGUUACCUAAGGCAGCUCUUCCGACAGCUCUUCCACCGUCAGGGAUUCACCUACGACUAUGUCUUUGACUGGAAUAUGCUCAAAUUUGGAGGGUCACGGAAUCAGGAAAACGAGGUGGAGCGGAGAGGACCGUCAGAGCCACAAACCCCAAGCCACAGGUGCCACGUCUCGGAUACGACACGACACCACCGUCGGGGGUGUGUUGCCUUCCCCAACAGCGGUGUGAGUUGCAAGGCCCCCCCAACACCCCCCGCUGGUCCUGCCCUUUCCACCCCCUGGCCAUCACACCCUCACCUCACAUGACCUAGAGACCACAAGAGCAGUACCUGCUCAAGACUUCUUGGGUCCCCAGGUCGCGUCCUAUCAUUAAUCGUGCUGGGUGUCUUGAUUAGGGGGAUCACUUGAUUUUCGUGUGCAUCUCCACCCUCAUGAAAUUUACUGGUCAGGGUAUCACCUCUUCAUCUCCCUUCCUCUCAUCUUCCUCUCUUGUUUCCUCCACCAUAUCACAACCUCCUGAGUCCCGUUUGCCAUCUAGUCUAAUUCAUGUUUUUCUCUUCAGUCUUAAAUGUGUAUUCUUAAUAGAUUUGCUAACUUCAUUUGCUUUUCUUACCUAAUUUAUAUGUAGAAUUUGAUAUUGAUAGACUACAUAUUGCUUCUUGUAGAUUUCUUUUUUAUUCAUGCUAAGUAAAAUUAUAUCAUGUGUUUUUCUUUGUAUGACUAUUUUAUCAAAAUUUCACUGGCACGAGGGCUAAUGUUCAAGGGCCACUGUAUACUUUUGGCUCGAUUCUUUCUGCUGUCAAUAUUAGAACUGCCUCUAAACGAAUCUAGCUCAUUCUUUGACAGUCAAGAGAGAGUGCCAAUUGAUAUUUAUUCAGUAAAGUUUAUUUUCUAAUCAGAUACACUGAAAAUCUGCCUUACUGAAUAUUUAUAGAACACACUAACACUGUCAUAUAAUGAGCAUGUGUCUUUCUCUAGUUAGAUGAUCUUAUAUUUUGCUUUCCCCUUUACAGGGAAACCACUUGUUAUUUGAACCCCAAGGAACCAAUAACCAUUCAAUACUCCCGGAAAUCAGUUGAUAGCAAUUAACAACUAUAGGUUAAUCUAGUACCAAGAAAGUUCUACCUGGACUUCAGGAAAGCCGUCUUUCAGUUCUGAGACCUCUUUCAAGACCAAUUCUUCAUGUAAGCUGCACAGAAUAUUAUGCACUGAUAGCAACUUCACUGCUCCUUGUAAGCACCUUUGUAUCCUUGGUUUUGAAAUAUGGAAAAUGUAGCUAUUAACGGCAGACUGAAGAUGAAGGUAUUAUUUGGUAUCUCCAUUAGAGAAUCUUGAACUCCAGAUUUUUUUGUAAAUAGUUGUUGCCUUUUGUGUUGUAUAUAAAGUAAAGAUAAAUUUCAUUUUUCUGCUGUAUUUUUCAUAUAGGUUAGGUUCCAUCAGAUAUCAGUCGUCCUCAAUCUCAUUUAUACAGCAUUUGUGACCUAGAUGGUGACAUUCAUGUGGUUUGUGUGUGUUCUUUGUACUACAGACUCAGUGCUUGCUCUUGAUCUGCACGACUGUUAAAUAAGAGACGGAUGGAUUGUAGAAUGAUAGGGCAUUUGUACAUGUACAACAAUUGUUUUUACCAUGAUGUAUGACAGUGGAAUGAAUAAAUACAUUUCAAGUAAU